AGUGUUGUGUGAACACUGAGGGUCCGUCUCUAUUCAAGGACAAACUACCCUGAGAGUUAUUAAAACUCACCUCCAGCCUCUCGUGCGCCACAGGCUGAUGUGUGCCGUGGGUCUGCCUCGCACGGCCGCUGAAAGUUACUUUGAAGACUUGUAUGAAUCCAUAAAGUCAAACUGUGAAUAGACGACAUGAUGUCGCAUCCAUGGGAAUAACCGAUUAAUCGAGAGUUUCUGACGUUUUCAACACUGUGCGGGACAAAAAGGCAGUCGUGGAGGGUUCCCAGUCCUGUGUGGGAUGUUAACAGACUGGCUGCAGGAGCAUGGUGAAACACCAACCCUUACAGGUCUAUGAGAAGCAGCUCUUUGUGUCCUUUGUCACUGGCAUCUAUGGUUGCCGCUGGAAACGCUACCAGCGUUCCCAAGACGACAGCUCUAGGUGGGAGUGUGCAUGGUUCAUCAUCUUGUGCAGUUCUUUCCUUCUGCUUCUCUUUUGGGCCUACUUUUGGUUGGUGGCUCAAAAUGAUUUCAACGACUUUAACUGGUCAGUAUACAACCGCUCUGGAGAAUGGAGCGAUGAGACGAUCCCCAUCCUCGCAUCCACCACCGUAGGAUUCAGCUACAUCACAUUCUUAAUGAUCUUAGCACUUUUCCAUGUAUCCUUGGGCCAGCAGCUCAACCUCUACUGGGUUCACAAGAUUGGAGUGUUGGCUACGUUGCUCACCACCAUCUCUGGUGUCAUCUCUGUUGAUGACAUAUGGGGAGAUGAGUGGGACAUCCUGCUUGUAUCACUGCAGUCAACAGCCCCUUUCCUGCACCUUGGAGCCCUCGUAACAGUCACAGCUAUCAGCUGGUUGGUAGCGGGAUAUGUGGUGCGCAGAGAGAGAUCCAAUUUCCAGGUGAUGGUGUUGCUGAUAUACAUCAUUAUCCUCCUGGCUCUCUAUUUGGCACCGCUCACAUUCACCUGCCCCUGCAUCAUGGACCGCCACAACCUCAGACCUCGACCCGACAUCAUUGGUCGACGGGGAGCUCCUAUGCUGGCCCCAGAACACACCAUUCUGUCCUUUAACAGAGCUCUGCAGCACGGAGCCAGCUCCCUGGAGGCUGACGUCACUAUCAGUGUGGAUGGGGUUCCUUUCCUUUUGCGAGACCGCACGUUGAGACGAACCACAGACGUUGGUAAGGUCUUCCCAGCCAGACAGUAUGAGGAUGCCUCUUUCUUUAACUGGACAGAUAUUCGCUCUCUAAACGCAGGCCAGUGGUUUUUAAAGAGUGACCCCUACUGGACAGUAGAAACUCUGACAGCGAGGGACCAGACCAGAAUAGGCAACCAGACGGUGUGCAGUCUGGUAGAAAUGCUGCGUCUGUCAGCCAGGGCCAACUGCUCUGCAUUGCUCAAUGUCCGCAAGCCUCCACCAGAGCACCCGCGCCACCGGAGCUGGUUUAUGGACACGCUGUGGGCUGUGCAGAAAGCUGGGAUUUCCCAGAAGAGGGUGAGGACUGUGACGUGGACCCCUGACACGGACAGGGGGAGGGUACGAGGGCUACAGCAGACCGCAAAUGAGAAGCUGUCAGUGGAAGUGAUAAGGCAGAGGGGAAUAACAAGCCUGACCCUCCACUACAGCAAGGCCAGCCCCAAAGACAUACGGGAGUAUCUGGCCAAUAAUGUGAGUGUGACUGUCUACCCAGUGAAUGAACCGUGGCUCUACUCCAUUCUGUGGUGUAGCGGGGUGCCUUCUGUGUCCUCUGAUGCCCCCCAAGUCCUCCGAAAGGUGCCUUACCCCAUCUGGCUCAUGAGUCACAGCGCUUACAACUUCAUCUGGAUCACUUCAGAUCUGGUCUCCCUUGCCGUAGUCGUAGGGAUUUUCUGUUUUCAGAAGUGGAGGAUGAGCGGGAUGCAGAACUAUAACCCAGAACAGAUCAUGCUGAGCGUUGUGGCGCGUCGGACCAGUCGGGACGUCAACAUCAUGAAGGAGAAGCUCAUAUUCUCAGAACUCAACAAUGGGCUGAGCAGUACAGAGGAGCUUUGUCUGUAUCCUGAGAACGGUUAUGCCACAUACUCUCAUGGAGGCCUCAGUCCCUGAACUAAACACACUGGCCAAUCGGAUGUUAGUUUGAUUUCAGAGCUUUACUGACUGAACGUUAUUUACAGAAGAAAAAGGAGCAGAGAAACUGAUCUAUUAGUGAACUGACCCCAGAAGACAGCAUGGACACCAAAUCUUGUCUAAAAUAUAGACAAUUAAAGUCUAUUUGGCCUAAUGAUUCAUGAGUUUUUAAAGUACCACAUUAUUCACUUGCUUAAGUUAUAUGUAAUAUAUGUAUGUAUGUAAUAUAAUUUUGUACGUAUCUUUUUCCUUAAUACUGCUUAAGACUGCCAGUUGUAGCCACAUUUCUCAAACAUAGUUCACCAUUUACCUUUAAAGUUGCUGUAAGAAGUCAUUUUCUUACUUUCAUUGUAUUAAAUGUGUAUCUUUACAGGAACACAUGAUGUUGUCAUCAGUAAAGGGGUCAGCUGACCAAAGCAAUUUCUCAUGACGAGUCAGAUGCUGUUUCCUCCUGAACUCAAUCGGUUGACCAGGGGAAACAACAUUAUAUCACAUUUGAAUGUAGAAACAUGACUUCCACUCAUUCAACAUUACUUCCAGAUAAUAUUGAUGAUGUGUGUGGUGAUCGGGCCACAAACACAUUUGAUUACCAUGAGAAAAAAAACGUGUUCAGUCAGUUUGCUUGAAUGAGCUUCUUAAAAGUUAUAUUUGAGCUAAUAAAGGCUGUAAUGUCGUAUUUUUCCAUGUCAUGUACUUCCCUGUUGUUUUAUAUCAGAGGAAAUUGACCGUGUAGUGCUCUGUAUUAUAAACUGAUGUAAAUAUGAGUUGUUGUUUUUUUUUAUGAUUUGGACAUAUCAGCUGUGUAUUUUCUGUUUUCAUUUAUAAUCAUUAUGACUGAUGUUCUCUUUUAAGUGUGAGAUGAGAUUAGUAGUUUUGGGGGGUUUGAGGGUAUAUUGUGGAAAAUGUUCUAAUCUUUUCUUCUGCCUCUUUUCUGUCAUGAUUGAUUUACUUUAUAGUCCUAUUAGCUAUUACACCUUUCACAUGGCUGCCUUUUUGUUAAAUUAAUGAACUGGUAGAAGAGUGUAGAAUCAUUUUUUGUUUUUUAAUUUAAUAAUAGGGGGUACAAACUUCAAGUUACAGCUACUAGCGGCAGACAUGUCGACUGUACAAUAAAGGUGAUAUUUUCUCUUUGAAGAAUGUGCAAUUUGUAUUU